AACCUUAUUAUACGCGUUAGGUUACAAAUAAUUAAAAGAAGAAACUUUCUGAGAAAUGUAAUGGUUGGAGUUGAUUAUAGUGUUGUACAUGAGUACAAGACAAUGAUAAAAGUAUCAAGUAUGAAGAUAUAGAGAGAUUGGAGCCUUGGAGGUUAUUGUUGUCAGAGUUUUAAAGAUCAUUAGGAGUAGAGAAGGUUUCGGUGACAUUGUUGAGGACUGGAUUGUCAGGUGGGAUUAUGUGCUGAUUGAUUAAUGGCUAAGGGAGUUCAUAGUGAUUACUAUACCUUUUUUGUUGUUAGGUGAGCCGGUGGAGCUCUCUUUUGGUGACGAUCCUGGGAUGGAUCGUGUUGUGUAGUUCUUAGCUUCCCUAUACGUGUCUGAAUUUGAAAGGCAUCAUGGAAACUUUCUCGUUGGAUUUCCUUGUGCCAUCCUUGUGGGAGAUCAAGGUUACUGUUGCUGCCUCCAUCUAUGUGAUUUUUGCUUACUGGUUAUUCACACACAGAGGCGGUGGAGAUGGCUGCGGCAAUCGCUCACUUGCUGAAAAUUCGGGUGAAUCUGGGGAUGCCAUAGAGGAGAAGGUUCUGAAAGGGGAUGCACAAACCAAUUCUGCAUAUUUAAUAAAGGUUGAGCUGUUAGCUGCUAAGAAUCUUAUCGGUGCUAACUUAAAUGGCACGUCAGAUCCAUAUGCUAUCAUCACAUGUGGAACAGAAAAGCGAUUCAGUUCAAUGGUCCCUGGUUCAAGAAAUCCCAUGUGGGGAGAGGAGUUUAAUUUUUCUGUUGAUGAGCUUCCUGUCCAGAUUAAUGUGACGAUAUAUGACUGGGAUAUCAUAUGGAAAAGCGCAGUUCUUGGAUCAGUGAUUGUUCCUGUCGAAAGUGAGGGUCAAACAGGUGCAUUGUGGUAUACAUUAAAUAGCCCAUCGGGUCAGGUUUGUCUCCAUAUAAAAUCAAUCAAACUUCCAGUAACUUCUCCAAGUGGUAGGGUUGUGAAUGGUUAUGCUGGAGCUAAUGGUCGAAGAAGAAUUCCUACAGAUAAAGGACCCACAGUCGUUCAUCAAAAGCCAGGGCCCCUUCAAACCAUAUUUGAUCUACUUCCAGAUGAGCUUGCAGAAAACAGUUAUUCAUGUGCACUUGAGAGGUCGUUCUUAUAUCAUGGCCGUAUGUAUGUCUCUGCAUGGCACAUUUGCUUCCACUCUAAUGUGUUUUCUAAGCAAAUGAAGGUGCUCAUACCAGUUGGUGAUAUUGAUGAGAUUCGGAGGACUCAACAUGCAUUCAUUAAUCCUGCUGUAACAAUUAUACUCCGCAUGGGUGCUGGUGGGCAUGGUGUACCUCCUUUGGGGAGUCCUGAUGGUAGAGUCAGAUAUAAAUUUGCAUCAUUUUGGAACAGGAAUCAUGCAUUCAGAGCUCUUCAGCGUGCAAGAAAGAAUUACCAUGCAAUGCUAGAAGCUGAAAAGAAGGAGAGGGCAGAGUCUGCAUUGCGUGCGCAUAGCAGUUCCAUAAGAGGAAGUCAGGCCAUGAUUCCUGAAGAUAUCAUCCCCACUACUGGGAAGCUCCAAGCUUUUAUCAAGGAUGAAUCUUUGAACAGUAUAUUUAAUGAUGCUUUCCCCUGCACAGCUGAGAAUUUCUUCAAUUUAUUGUUGAGUGAUAAUUCAAAUUUUACAAAUGAAUACCGUUCAGCCCGAAAGGAUACCAAUCUUGUUAUUGGACAGUGGCAUCCAGCAGAUGAAUAUGAUGGCCAGGUAAGAGAAAUAACAUUCAGGGGUCUUUGUAACAGCCCCAUGUGUCCUCCAGACACUGCCAUGACAGAGUAUCAGCAUGCUGUUCUGUCAGCUGACAAGGAAAUACUGGUGUUUGAGACAGUACAACAGGCUCAUGAUGUUCCAUUUGGUUCUUAUUUUGAGAUCCAUUGUAGGUGGAGGUUGGAGACAAAUGCUGAAAACUCAUGUAUUAUAGAUAUAAAAGUUGGUGCACAUUUUAAGAAAUGGUGUGUGAUGCAGUCCAAAAUAAAGUCGAGCGCUGUUAAUGAGUACAAGAAAGAGGUCGAGGUAAUGCUGGAAGUUGCCCGCUCCUACAUCAAGACAAAUACUUUGGCCGGUGAGACUAGCAAAGCCACUUCGUCACCCUGUCAAGAGAGCAUCUAACCAGACCAAGAGCAAAUAGAUUGAUUCUCUCAUUCAUCAUGGCAAUAGGGUUGUAGCAUAUUUUGUUCUUAUACAUUGUGCACAGGUAUGAUGAGAGGGAUGGGGUUAAUCCUAUCAAAAAUUUAAAAUAGGUUUACCUUCUUUUUUCCGCUUGUAACUUCACCCUGUCUCCUUGUGGUGGUGGAGUCUGUCCAGUUCUUCAUUAUGGGAUCAAGUCUCUCUUUUUGUCUUUCCUCUCUUAUAGGGGGCUGUGGAGAGGAGAUUGGUGCAUGUAAAAGAUCUCAGUUUUGCCCAUUGUAUAAAUUCAUAAUUUAAUCUGUAUAGGCUAGCUUGUUUCAGUAAUUUGCAGUGACACAGUUCUGAUGAUGAGAAAAUUGCUUGCUUGCAUGUAUGGGCUAAUUACAUAUCAUUUUCCA